AUGCGUAACGGUUUUGGAUUACAAUAUAUUUACCAAUUUUUCAAUAUUCCUUAUUUACAACUUCAGCGUGAAGCAUUACUUCAACAAUUAGAAGUUAAUGCACGAGAUAUGGAUCAAACAUUAGAAGAAAUAGAUGCAUACGAACAAUCACAAGAAAAUAAUUAUGAAGUAUUUCUGGAUCAAUUGACUCAAAAACGUCGUAUCAAACAAGAACAAUUAGCUGGAGAUAUUUUAAAACAGGCGAAACCACUUGAAGAAGCAAAGAAAGUUUACAACGAAAAUUUAUUAAUUCAACAACAACAACAACAAGAAGCAGCUGCAAAAAGUGGAAAAAUUAUUCCUCCAGCUCUUAAUGGAAUCGUACAAACUUUAACAAGAAAAAAUGAAUCGACUAUACGUCAUACACCGACAACAACCACGGUACAAUCAUCACCAAAUACGAUGAAACAAAAACCAAUGCAAGCUGUACAACCACAAAUACAAAAAAAUUUAACUAUCGAUCCUCAACCUGACGAAUCAACGUCUGAUAUCACAGACAAUACAAUAAAUAAUUUUAAUCCUUUAGUGAAGACAACUGUCGAUGAUUUUAUUCCGGAUGACAACGAAUACGAAACAUUCCUUGUUGAUGAUCCAGCAUCAAUGAUAAAAUCACCGUCAACAUACUCGACACAAACACAACAAAAUAAAUUAUCAACAACAACGGAUGAUGAGAAUGAAACACCUCAUAUUAAUCCCAUGGUUGUCGGUUUUCGUGAGCAAUUAGAUUCGGAUGAUGAACAACAACAACAGAAUACGACAAAUUUCGAUAUUGUCAGAACGAAUAGUCAAAAAAUAAGUGAUGAUGAAAUAGAAGAAGAAGAGGAAGAAGAUAAAAAUGUUCAAUCUACGAAACCACAAUCGAAGCCUAAUCCAAAAUCAUCGCAAACAAUUAGCGCUCCUGUUGUGCCCAUCUACAAUUUCACAUCAUCUGAUUUAGAUAUGCUAGAUAAAAUGACAUCAUUUUCAAGACAAUCGACAUUAGAAGGAUCGAAUACUAAAACAAUAGAUUCUCAAAGUGUAACAAGUGAAACACGAUCAACAAAGAAGAAAUCAAAGAAAACAUCGUCUUCUCAAGAGGGCAGUGUUGAUUCUUCCGUUAAGAAAAAACAUCAUAAAAAAUCGAAACAAGAUCUAUCAUCAUCCGAUGAAAAGAAAAAGAAGAGUAAGAAAACAACUGCCACAAAAAUGUUAAAAUCUAUGUCAUUAAAUGAAGCAGUGUCACAUAACGACAAAAAUGAUGAUGAUAAAGAUGAACGAGAUUUAGAAUCAUUUUUAGGUGAAACAAAACAACAUAGUAGUGGUGGUGGUCAAGGAGAUUAUGAAUUAAUUUAA